AUGCUUUCCGCAACCUGGAUCUCCAUUUCUGUUGCCCUCCUCUUCGCAGGCCAGGCCCUUGGACAUGGCAAACUUACCAGUCCAUCACCCCGUAGUGACACCAUUGGCUCUGCAUUCUCAGCGGCUUGCGGUUCGCAACUACUUUCCACAGAAACAUCUGAUCCGUAUGGAAACAUCCAACAGGAGUUGCAAACCAGCUCAGUCGAUUCAUCGACUUGCAAUCUUUGGUUAUGCAAAGGAUAUCAGUUCGCCGAUAAUGAGGCGAACGUCCAGAGCUAUACCGCUGGCCAGACCGUCUCGAUGACCGCAGAAAUUAGGGCGCCACACACAGGCAUUGCCAAUGUCUCCAUAGUUGCAACCGCAACCAAUACCAUCAUUGGUGAUGCCCUCUACUCUUGGGACGAUUAUGCCAGCAAUCAAAGCGGCGUGACGGCGGACGACGAGGCCUGGGACAUCAUGAUUCCUAGUGAUCUUGGCGAUCAGUGUGCGACGGCUGGAGAUUGUGUCAUCCAGUGGUACUGGUACUCCGAGAGCGUUGAUCAGACGUACGAAGAUUGUGUUGAUUUUACUGUAGGAGGAUCUAGCGAUUCGUCGGGCUCGACUUCAGCAGCGUCCGUAUCCGAGAGUGCUACGGCAACCUCAGCGGACGCUACUGUCAGUACCACCUCCAUCAUUGCCGUUCCUGUUAACAGCUCCGCGAGCUCGGAGGAUGAAGCAUCAACAUCUACCACCUCUGUGGAAGCUUCCGCCACCACCGUGAACAGCGUAGUCGUAUCUACCAGCGUAUCGUCAAUUGUCGUGGCCUCUUCCACCUCCGGCGCUACCACCGCCACCGCCACUUCCGCUGCCGAACCAUCCACCGUUGCAACAUCUACCUCUGUCACCCCUUCCACCGUUAAAACGUCCGGCGUUGCUACGUCCACCUCGGCGUCUGCCGCAAGCGCCACCACGUCUACUAGCACCACCAACGCUAACGAAUGCAUGAAUAGUACGCUGCUCCGCUCUCAUAUUGAUACCCUCUAA